GCCAAUGGGCGCCGAGGGGGCGGGGCCGGCCGCCGCCGCGGCUUCCAAGAUGGCGGCGGGUGCGUGAGCGCGGCGGUCAGUCAGUCGGUGAGGCCGCCGGCGGGAGCAGGGCCCGGGGCGGGAGCGGGCCCCGCCGCCCGCCGCCAUGAAGGGCAAGGAGCGUUCGCCGGCCAAAGCCAAGCGCUCGCGGGGCGGCGGGGGCGGCGGCGGCGAGGACUCGGCGUCCUCCUCCUCCUCGGCGCGGGGCGAGCGGAGCAGCAAGAAGCCGAGCGGCUCCGGCGGCUCCAACGGCAGCGGUGGGAAAGCGGCGGCGGCGGCGGCGGCCUCCAACGAGAGCAACAGCGGGAGCAGCCGGCGCGCCCUGCACCCGGACAAGGCCGGCCGCGCCGGCAGCCGGGAGUACGAGGCCGGGGCGGCGGCGGCGGCGGGCGGCGGGGGCAGCCGGCACGGCUACGGCAGCGGCAAAACGGCGGAGGCGUCGCGGAGCAGCGGCAGCCGGGGCGGUGGGGGUGAGUCCCGGGCGGCGGCAGCGGCCCCGUCCUCCUCCUCCUCCGAGUCGGGCGGCGGCGGGGAGUACAAGACGCUGAAGAUCAGCGAGCUGGGCUCGGCGCUGAGCGACGAGGCGGUGGAGGACGGGCUUUUCCACGAGUUCAAGCGCUUCGGGGACGUAAGUGUCAAAAUCAGCCGCCUCCCGCCCGGCACCGGUGCCGCCGACGAGCGCGUGGCCUUCGUCAACUUCCGCCGGCCCGAGGACGCCCGCGCUGCCAAGCACGCCCGCGGCCGCCUGGUCCUCUACGACCGCCCGCUGAAAAUCGAGGCCGUCUACGUCGGGGGCGGCGGAGGGAGCAGCCGGCGACGCAGCAGCCGUUCCCCGGCGCUGCUGGACAAGGAGUCACCCUACGGCACGACGGCUGUUGGGGUGGCGGCCGCAGCGGCGGCGGCUGUACGGCACCCACCGGCUGGGGCGACACAGCGGGCUUUGUCACCCGCCGGUAGUGGCGGGGCCCUGGGUUAUCGAGACUACCGGCUGCAGCAGCUCGCCCUGGGCCGCUUGCCGCCUCCGCCCCCUCUGCCCAGGGAGUUGGAGAGGGAGAGGGACUACGGGGGUUUCUACGAAGCGCGAGUGCGGCCGGCCUAUGGGCUGGAGCGGGUGGCCGGUGUGGCGGCUGCUGGGGGUUUUCGUGGAGGAGGAGGGGGUGCUGGAGCCGCCAGCGAGGAGGAGAUCAGCCCCGAGGAUGACCAGAGAGCCAACCGCACGUUGUUCCUGGGCAACCUGGACAUCACCGUGAGCGAGUCAGAUUUACGCCGAGCUUUUGACCGUUUUGGGGUCAUCACCGAGGUGGACAUCAAAAGGCCGGGGCGCGGGCAGACCAGCACCUAUGGUUUUCUUAAAUUUGAAAAUCUGGACAUGGCGCACCGGGCCAAGCUAGCCAUGUCAGGAAAGGUGCUUCUGCGCAACCCCAUCAAGAUUGGGUAUGGUAAAGCCACUCCGACGACCAGGCUCUGGGUUGGUGGCCUUGGGCCCUGGGUGCCCCUCGCUGCCCUGGCCAGGGAGUUUGAUCGGUUUGGCACCAUUCGCACUAUCGAUUACCGCAAAGGUGAUUCUUGGGCCUAUAUCCAGUAUGAGAGCUUGGACGCGGCGCAGGCAGCGUGCACCCACAUGCGUGGUUUUCCCCUGGGUGGGCCGGAUCGCCGCCUCCGCGUAGACUUUGCUGACACUGAGCAUCGGUACCAGCAGCCCUACCUGCAGCCUCUGCCCUUGCCACCCCCUGCUCAUUACGAGCUCGUGGCGGAGGCAGCUGCUUUUGGGGCUCACCGGGGAGCCCCACCUGAUCCUCUUCGGGGGGCCCGGGACAGGACGCCACCGUUACUCUAUAGAGACCGCGACAGAGACCUUUAUCCUGAGACAGAGUGGGUGCCCCCCCCACCCCCUGUACGGGAUAGGAGUAACCGGGCAGCUGCCUAUGACCCACUGGAAAGCCUGGAGCGCCGCCGGGAUGGUUGGUCCUUGGAGCGGGACCGAGGGGAGAGGGAAUUGGGCAGUAGUAGUAGGGAUCAGCCUAGGAAACGGAGACUGGCGGAGGAUGGAGGCCGGCACUUGGACCGUUCUCCAGACAGUGAGCGCUCUUCUUCCUCCCGUAAGCGUCACUGUUUAGCCACAACCUCUCCCCCGGACCGCAGCCCUGAGCUCCUUGGAGGGAGGGAGCGUUACAGUAGUGACCCUGAGCGCUCGUCCUCUCGCUUGCUCCUGUUGGAGCGGCCCUCGCCUGUCCGGGAAUCGCGCAGGGGCAGCCUGGAGCGGGGUCAAAAUGAAAAGCGUGACCGCAAGAAUUCUGCUGAACGGGAGCGGAAGCAUCGCGCUUCUGUGGCAGCCGCUGUGCAGGAGUGCAAAAGUCCAGCCAAAAAGGAGGAACGUGCUACGGAAGGAGGCGGCGGCGGCUCCCGCCUCAAACCUCCUCCUCAGAAACAGCAGCAGGAUGGAGCGUCGCAGGCCGGAGGAGCCCCCAAGCUGUGCUUGGCCUGGCAGGGGAUGCUCCUGCUGAAGAACAGCAACUUCCCGUCCAAUAUGCAUCUGCUUCAGGGGGACCUCGGUGUUGCCAGCAGUCUCCUCGUGGAGGGAGCGACUGGUGGGAAAGUAGCUCAGCUCAAGAUCACCCAACGUCUUCGUCUGGACCAGCCCAAGCUGGACGAGGUCAAUCGGCGCAUCAAAGUGGCGGGUCCCAACGGCUACGCCAUCCUUUUGGCUGUGCCCGGUGCAUCAGACAACCGCUCCGCAGCCGGAGCUGCUGCCGAGGCCGCCACCACCUCCACCCAGAGGCCACUCAGGAAUCUGGUGUCCUAUCUAAAGCAAAAGCAGGCUGCUGGGGUGAUCAGCCUCCCUGUGGGGGGUAACAAAGACAAGGAGAACAGCGGGGUCCUGCACGCCUUUCCGCCCUGCGAUUUCUCCCAGCAAUUCCUGGACUCCACGGCCAAGGCGCUGGCCAAAUCAGAGGACGACUAUCUGGUCAUGGUCAUUGUCCGUGGGGCAUCCUAAGGCCCUCGUGUUCUCUGUACCCAACCCUGCCUACUCCUCCACACAGCCCCUCCAGCGUGUGCCAGGUGCUAUGGGAUACAGCCUUAGCCAGCCCUGUCGUUAUUUUAAAUUAGAUCUUUGUUUGUAGGUGACUUUCCUUGCCCCGUUUUUCUGUUACUGCAUUUUUUUUUUUUUUCUAUAAAGUUAGA